UUCCGAAAACGCCCCAUUCUCGUUCUGUUCACAAAUCACUUCCAUCAGCUCAGUGGCAUCCCAACCUUUUUUUGGCGGGAAAACCUUCAUAGCUUGUUCAUCAAAGAAAUGUAUACUUAGAUUGAGUUUUGCAAAUUGAUCGUUGAUCAGCUCAACAAUGUCGAAUAUGAAAGUUUGCGCGCUAUUCAGACCUCUGAAUUCGAAGGAACUCUCUGAGUUUGGCGAUGCUGUCUCUGUUCAAGGCAUUACCUCUGAGUCCUUCAUAAUUAAGGAUGAAAAGGAACAGGAAUUUGAUUUUACGUUCGACAGAGUUUUCUAUCAAGGAUCUGAACAAGCUGAUAUAUACGAAUUUCUAGCUCUGCCUAUAGUCCAAGGUGCUGUAGAUGCAAUAAAUGGUACGAUUAUCACUUAUGGACAGACCGGAGCAGGAAAGACAUAUAGCAUGGAGGGACCAAGCAUUGUAGAUUGUGAAAGCAAGAACAAAGGACUAUUGCAGAGGGUAGUGGAUGGACUUUUUGAGGCCAUAAUGACUUCAGAGAAACCAAUCAAAUACACAAUCAAAUUAUCAAUGGUAGAGAUCUACAUGGAGAAAGUAAGGGAUCUCCUCGAUUUAUCGAAGGACAAUAUACAGAUAAAGGAGAGUAAAGUACAUGGAAUAAUUCUAAGUGGAGCAACAGAAGUAGCUAUAUCCAACACUGCAGAAGCAUUACAAAGCUUAUCAAGUGGGAUAGCUAAUAGAGCAGUUGGAGAAACACAAAUGAAUAUGUCAAGCAGCAGAAGCCAUUGCCUUUACAUUUUUACUGUCCACCAGGAGCUGACAAAGGAUAAAAGGACCAAAUUUGGAAAGCUGAUACUCGUUGACUUGGCUGGGUCUGAAAAAGUUGAUAAGACCGGAGCUGAAGGUAAAAUUCUUGAAGAAGCAAAGACCAUCAAUCAGUCCCUCACAGCACUUGGGAAAGUGAUAAAUGCUAUGACUAGCAGUGCUCCAGGAAAGCCAACUCAUAUUCCUUAUCGUGAUUCUAAGCUCACUCGGAUCCUACAAGAUGCUCUUGGGGGAUACUCUCAGACUGCAUUACUUUGCUGUUGCUCUCCGAGCCCUUACAAUGCUUCAGAGAGCCUCUUCACCCUGCGAUUCGGUGCUAGAGCAAAGCAUAUAAAGGCAACAGUACAUGUUAGUUGCAAGGAAGAUCUAGACAAUAACAAGGAAGCAAUCGUCUCAACCAAUGUAGAUGAGUCCAGGGAGAGGAUAUUGGAAAAGAUGAGAGAGAGAAUAACUGCCGAAGAUGUUAAAUUGCUUGAGGAAUUAUUUGUACUGGAGGGGAUUCUCUUUGAUCCCAAUUCAGUUGAGGAGAUAGAAGUUGCGUAUGAAGAUAUUACGUCAAGGACAAUCUCAUCAUUAUAUAAAAUCGUGGAAGAGCUGAGUACAGUUGCGGAGAAGUUAAAGAGGGAGAAUGCCGCUCUUAAGGCCAGCUUGAAAGCUUCUGAAGAGUCUUAUCUACAUCAACUCGAUAGAAGGCCGCUCUGCUUGAUUCUCUGAAUGUAAUAAUGGACCUUCAUUUUUAAAGACGGCGUUUAAGACAUGAAUAUCGAAUAAUCGAUAUUAGGUUGUUUGGCAUCUGAUGCUUUUGUUAAUCCAUCAUAAAAGGUAGUAGGUCGUUUGUCUUUU